AUGGUGGCAGUGUCUGUGGACUGGUGGGCCACCCAUGCCUCAGUGCCCCCAAAUCCUGCUGUCUGUCAGUGGGGGGCUGCCCUUAGCAGUUUUGACAAAGUUACAGAUGUAGAGCUGAAACGACUGAAAGAUGCCUUCAAGAGGACCUGUGGACUCUCAUAUUACAUGGGCCAGCACUGCUUCAUCAGGGAAGUGCUUGGGGAUGGAGUGCCUCCAAAAGUUGCUGAGGUGAUUUAUUGUUCAUUUGGUGGAACGUCCAAAGGGCUACACUUCAAUAACUUAAUAGUUGGACUUGUCCUUCUUACAAGAGGCAGAGAUGAAGAGAAAGCAAGAUACAUUUUUAGUCUUUUUUCAAAUGAAUCUGGGAGUUAUGUUGUACGAGAAGAAAUGGAAAGAAUGCUCCAUGUGGUGGAUGGUAAAGUCCCAGAUACACUCAGGAAGUGUUUCUCAGAGGGUGAAAAGGUAAACUAUGAAAGGUUUAGAAACUGGCUUCUUCUAAACAAAGAUGCUUUUACCUUCUCUCGUUGGCUACUAUCUGGAGGUGUAUAUGUUACCCUCACUGAUGAUAGUGAUACUCCCACAUUCUACCAAACUCUGGCUGGAGUCACACAUUUAGAAGAAUCAGACAUCAUUGAUCUUGAGAAACGCUAUUGGUUGCUGAAGGCUCAGUCUCGGACUGGACGGUUUGAUUUAGAGACAUUUGGCCCAUUGGUUUCACCACCUAUUCGUCCACCUCUAAGUGAAGGUUUAUUUAAUGCUUUUGAUGAAAAUCGUGACAAUCACAUAGAUUUUAAGGAGAUAUCUUGUGGGUUAUCAGCCUGUUGCAGGGGACCCCUGGCUGAAAGGCAAAAAUUUUGCUUCAAGGUGUUUGAUAUUGACCAUGAUGGAGUUCUCUCCAGGGUUGAACUGAGAGACAUGGUGGUUGCACUUUUAGAGGUCUGGAAGGACAACCGCACCGAUGAUAUUCCUGAAUUACAUAUGGCUCUCUCUGACAUCGUAGAAGGCAUAUUGAAUGCACACGACACCACAAAGAUGGGCCAACUUACUCUGGAAGACUAUCAGAUCUGGAGUGUGAAAAAUGUUCUUGCCAAUGAAUUUUUGAAUCUCCUCUUCCAGGUCUGUCACAUAGUUCUGGGGUUAAGACCAGCUACUCCAGAAGAGGAAGGGCAAAUUAUUAGAGGAUGGUUAGAACGAGAGAGCAGGUAUGGUCUGCAACCAGGACACAAUUGGUUUAUCAUCUCCAUGCAGUGGUGGCAACAGUGGAAAGAAUAUGUAAAAUACGAUACCAACCCUGUUGUAAUUGAGCCAUCAUCUGUUCUGAAUGGAGGAAAAUAUUCAUUUGGAACAGCAGUACAUUCUGGGGAGCAGGGUGAAGAUAGGAUUGGAGGCAACCUCACUCAUGUGAAUACCACAGAAGAGAAAUUUUCAGACAACAUUUCUACUGCAUCUGAAGCCUCAGAAACUGCUGGCAGCAGCUUUCUGUAUUCUGCCACACCAGGAGCAGACAUGUGCUUUGCUCGACAACAUAACACUUCUGACAAUAACAACCAAUGUUUGCUAGGAGCCAAUGGGAAUAUUUUGUUGCAGCUUAAUCCUCAGAAACCAGGGGCUAUUGAUAACCAGCCACUAGUAACUCAAGAACCAGUAAAGGCCACAUCAUUGACACUAGAAGGAGGACGAUUAAAGCGAACUCCACAGCUGAUCCAUGGAAGAGAUUAUGAAAUGGUCCCAGAACCUGUAUGGAGAGCACUUUAUCAUUGGUAUGGAGCAAACUUGGCCCUACCUAGACCAGUAAGUAUAGGUAAUGGUACCUUAUAUAAGGAGCAGUCAUAGAGGGGAUCUUUUACUACUUUUUUAUAUGAAUCUCACUAUCUACCGAUGAGUUUUUACCUUAUGGUAGCAGAAUACU